CCUUGUGGGAAAUGGAGUUCUUCAGGCGUGGAAGCCGCGGCGCUUGGCCGGCGGAGGACUCGGUUUCCCAGAGGGCCGAGCGCGGCGCAAGAUGGAGGCGGUGCAAGAUGGAGACUCCCGGUCCGCCGUGAGCCGCCAGCUACAGUUGAGCAGCUGAACAGAGCUGUGCCGGGGGCACUUCUGGGACUGAGGACACCACACCUUUGCCAGCGCUGCUCCCACCAGCACUCCAGUGUCAGCGCAGGGACCCCGCAGACAAGGAGGUGUGGCGUGGCCUGGAGACAUGGCUGAGGCAGAGACAGGCGACUAUGACACCCUGCCUUCUGACACCAUCUCCCUUAGCGACUCGGACUCCGACCUCAGCCUGCCGGGCGGUGCUGAAGUGGAAGCUCUGUCCCCAGAGGGGCUUCCUGGGGAGGCCCAGGGGGAUUCAGGCCCCGAUGAGCCCCUCACGCCCCCCAAGGGCCACCCCACAGUCGCUGUGCAGCCGUUCCACCUGAGAGGCACGAGCUCUACCUUCUCCCAGCGCAGCCACAACAUCUUCGACUGCCUGGAGGGGGCAGCCAGGCACGCUCCCCCCUCUGUGGCCCAGAAAGGCAUGGGUGACAGUGGGGUCUUCAAACGGCCCCUGGCGCCCUCAAGCCAGCCUCCAGCAGAGGGCCCGGGCAGUGCCAGUCAGAGCCCUGUCCUCGUGAGGGUGCCCCCCGUCCCUGAUUACGUGGCCCACCCCGAGCGCUGGACCAAGUACAGCCUGGAAGACGUGGCUGAGGCCAGUGAGCAAAGCAACCGGGCUGCCGCCCUGACCUUCCUGGGCUCCCAGAGCCUGGCUGCCCCCAGUGACUAUGUGCCCUCUUUCAACCAGGAUCCCUCCAGCUGUGGGGAGGGUAGGGUCAUCUUCACCAAACCGGCACGAGCCAGCGAGGCCAGACCUGAGAGGAAGAGGGUCCUGAGGAAGCUGGGAGAGCCGGGCAGGGGCGACCCUGGGAACCCGGCAGUGGCCGGGGGUGAGGGGCCUGUGGAGCUGGCCCACCUGGCUGGGCCUGGGAGCCCAGAGGCUGAGGAGUGGAGCAGCCCCUGCGGGGGUUCACAGGAGGGGGACACGCCAGAGGGGCCUGCCCCCACCGGGUCAGUGGCAGGCCCCCCAGUGGUGGAGACUGUUGGCUUCCAUGGCAGCAGGAAGCGGAGCAGAGACCACUUCCGGAACAAGAGCAGCAGCCCCGAGGCCCCUGGUGCUGAGUUCUGAGAGGACAGACUGUCGGGCCAGACGUCCCAAACAGGCUGCCUGCGGGCUGGCGUCAGAGGGCUGUCCGGGCCACUGCCCACCUAGGGUGGCUUUAGGGGCAGAGCAGGCUCCAGCCCCACUGCCUUGGGAAGGGAGCUGGCGGGCUGCCGGCAGGUGGCGCCAGCGGCCCUGGCUGGGUCUCAGUGCCAAAGUGUCUUCUGAGGCAGAGACCUUGCUGAGGGUGUGGGCCAGAGGACGGCGGAAGCCCUGGCCACCGGGUGCCGAUGGGGGAAUAGUAAAGGUUUUGGGUAUUUCUCAGC